AUGGGCCCGCCAGCUGGUUCAAGAGGAGAUGCAUCCAGUGGGUCCUUAGGCUCUCCCAAUGCCGAGCAACAGACCGAGCUGGUUGGCAGGAAGGGAGGUCGGACAGAGAGCAGAGCGGAAACUGGCGAUGAGCCCGUAGCUGCCCGGGCCUUUGGCUUACCGCCCUGCUUUGCAGAAAAGGAUUUCUUCGAGGGGUUUCCUCUGACAGUGUCUGAUAACGAGGCCGACAUUAUUAAACGGCUCGACAAAGAAGGCCGGAGGAAACACCUCGCCACCAGCAUGGUCGGUGUAGUGAAGAUGUCCGAGAUGGUUGUGGUCCUUGCAGGGGAAGGAUCAGAUUCCUCGGACUGUGUUAGGGAGUUAGAAACAGAGAAGGCUGCUUUCGCUGCCAAAUCUCGCAAGUUAAAGGCGGAUCUCGAGCGGUUCGAGGAGAUGUUGCGUGAGCAGGCCGACCUGCAGUCAGGGGAGAAGGAAAAGACCGCGAAGGCUUCCGAGGAGAGGGAUUGCCUCCAACUUGACAAGGAACGGUUGGAGAGCGACAACCAACAGUUUUCCAAGGAAAUCGAGGAGCUAAAAGCUGCUAUACUUCCUGCUGAUGACGAUCCAGAGGAGAUAGCGUCUUUGCGCACCCAUUCAGAUUUGGUUGCUUGUAUCCACCUUCUCGAGUCAGACUGCGUCGGUGCCCUAGCCGACGAGUUCGAGGCCGCGGUCAGUCAGCUAUCCGUCCUAAAUCCUGGCAUGAACACCGAGGGAGUCGGGUUUCUGUCCCAGAUUAUUGAUGGUCAGGUUGUGCCUCCUUCUAAGUCUCCUGAUGUAGAUGCCGGUAGUCCUGGGGAUGUUUAG